UGUCCAUUCUCUGCUGGUCCCUCUCUUCUCUCUCCUCCCUUAAACCCCAUCUCUCUCUCUCUCCCCUCUAUCUUCAUCCUCUCUGCUGAGUGCUGACUUGAAGUCUUUGGAUUUUGUUUUUGGCCCAUUUGGAAAAUCAAUCCUCUUAAAACAGAAGCAUAUCUCUGUAUAAUUAUACCCACAAACUGUAUUAUAAUUGAUUCUCUCUCUCUCUCCCUCCCAAAAAGUAAGAAGAGAAAAGGCAAAGUAUAUAUAUAUAACCUCCGCCAUGAAUGCUUCCUUGCUUCCUUAACAACCCAUCUCCCUUGUUUUUUAAGCUCUGCAUCAUUCAUUACUAGCAAAUAUCACUGACCUACCAAACAAACCAACUCAUCAAAGCACAAUCCCAGACAGGACAUAUUUUCCAAUCCCAUUUAUGCAUAUGUUUUGCUUCCACCCUACACCUCUCUGCUCUCUCUCUCCUCUUUCUCUCUCUAAAAACUUGAUCACUGCAAAACCCACAUCCCAGAAUACGAUUCCGAGCUCCAAUGUCUAAGGACCCGUCUCAACCCGACCCAGAAACCAUGCCAUUCUUCGAAGCUUUCAAAAAGUUGAAGCGUUUGAAGCUGUUGGAGCCGUCCCUGGGCGUUAUGGGAUUCUUCUUUGCCAGUGUUGGUGUGAUUUUGUGCUUCUUUUACUUGGAUUACAGAGCUGUUGUCAAAGAGUAUCGGUUCCCGGGCCAAUCGGCGCGGUUCAUGUGGCUGCAGAGCAAUAACAGGUGGGGCAGGGACCGGAGGGUUGAGUUUCUGGGAGAAGAGGGUGGUGGCUGUGACGUGUUUGAAGGGGAUUGGGUGUGGGACGAGUCGUAUCCGCUGUAUCAGUCCAACGAUUGCCGGUUUGUGGAUGAAGGGUUUAGGUGCUCUGAAAAUGGCCGCCCUGAUUUGUUCUACACCAAGUGGAGAUGGCAGCCCAGGCACUGCAACUUGCCCAGAUUUGAUGCCAAGUUGAUGUUGGAAAAACUGCGUAACAAGCGGUUAGUGUUUGCUGGCGAUUCAAUUGGAAGAAACCAGUGGGAAUCACUCCUCUGCAUGCUCUCUUCCGCAGUUCCUAAUGAGGCGAUCUAUGAAGUGAAUGGGAACCCAAUUACUAAGCACAAAGGAUUCUUGGUGUUCAAAUUCAAGGAUUUUAACUGUACUGUGGAGUACUACCGAUCUCCAUUUCUUGUACUGCAGAGCCGUCCUCCUUCUGGGGCUUUAAGAAAUGUCGGAACAACUCUGAAGGUGGAUCAAAUGGAUUGGAAUUCCGCAAAGUGGAGAGAUGCAGAUGUGCUGGUCUUCAACACAGGGCACUGGUGGAAUUACGAGAAGACUGUAAGAGGGGGUUGUUACUUCCAGGAAGGGGAGCAAGUAAAGAUGGAAAUGAGCGUAGAAGAUGCGUAUCACAAGUCCAUGGAGACUGUGGUGCACUGGAUAGACACUCAAGUAAAUUCAAGCAAGACUCAAGUUUUCUUUCGAACAUAUGCUCCUGUGCAUUUCAGAGGUGGGGAUUGGAAGACCGGGGGAAACUGCCACUCGGAGACACUUCCUGAGCUAGGUUCCUCAUUGGUGCCUCCUCAAUCAUGGGAUCAAUUCAGGGUAGCCAAUGUUGUGCUCUCAGCUCACCCAAACGCAUCACAGACGACAAAGAUUGAUAUACUAAACGUAACUCAAAUGACUGCACGGAGAAAAGAUGGGCAUUCGUCUUUGUACUUUCAGGGUCCUAAACUUGGCCCUGCACCUCUCCAUCGCCAAGAUUGCAGCCACUGGUGUCUGCCUGGAGUGCCCGAUACAUGGAACGAACUACUCUAUGCGCUAUUCCUAAGGCAGCUGGUGAUGGGCACAUAUAACUCCUCAACUUAUAGGGCACAGGUAUGAUUGAACCAAGUCUCCUGUUUAUAUGUUGCAUGGAAGAAACGCUUGGAUGCGCACAGCAAUGAUUCCGAGGGGAGAAGGGAAAAGAUGAAAGAAAAUGGCAGAUAUCAUCAAUUUUGUCAGGAUUUCGAGUUUCGGGUUGAUGGAACACCAGAACAGCAUUUUGGAGGAUAGUGUAAAUUUAUAGGUUUCCAAGGGUUUCUUGAAUCAAAUUAUGAAAGUUUAAAUUUAUAGUUUGGUUUUUUCUUUUUACUUUUAAUUAUUAAACAGGCACUGUAAUCCUUUGGAAAUAUGUAAUUAAAUAGCUUUUUUGAAUAUAAAUUGAGAAUCAUCAGCAAUGCUCAUUACUGU